AUGGCAACAGCCCAGCAAUGCCGCCGCUCUGUACUUCAAGGUCGCCAGCAGCACGCCAUUCCAGCUCCCACUCCGAUGCCGUCUGCAAUGCCAUCAAUGCUAUUUGACUUUGGACUUGACUCAGAAGCCCUUGCCGCUCUCUCGAAGAUGUCUCCUGAGCAGAUUCGGGCACUUGGACCAGCUGUCGGGUUACCUACGGCUUCAUCUUUGGCGAGGAACUCAGUGGUCGCCCCACUUUCACUCUUUAAGUCGGCUUCACCUAAUGCCUCCGAUGCUCGGCGAGUCCCAUCCAAACGGCUUCGCGGCGAGGACGAGCCUGAUGCUCUCGCGCUUAAACGAGAGAAGAAAAAGAAGUGCAAUCAAAACCGACCGACAUUGGGCAAGGUUGAAGAGGAGGAAGGCGAAGAGAAGUGCGAGUUGCUUUCGCGUGCUCGAGAGCUCUUCUUUGUGUGGGUUCUGUGUGAUGCUGGAUAUCCCUCCCGCAUGGAACGCAAGGACUACACAUCAAAGGCCUAUACAGACGCCGCUUCUCUGCUCGGUCUCUCAACAGUUGAUUACCCUCCAUCAGAUGAUGACACUCGGAUGCUCACAAACCAUGAGUCUGAGGUUCGGUCUAGUAUUCGCAGGGCUAUCAAUACAUGUGAUGUCGAGGCUACCUACGGAAUCAUCAGCAACCCAGCAACACCGGCCGACAUCGAGCACAAUCAAGCGCGUGUGCUUUAUCUCAUCGGUCCCGAAGUCGAGCUGAAUGUUCUACCCAAUGUUCCGGUCGACAUACCGGCUCAGCACUUUCACUUCAAGGUAUGCCUGCACUCCGUACUGAAAUUUGUCGCUUUGUGA